GAGAGAGAAGGCAGAUCCUUCCCUCCAGACUUCGGGUCCUCACUAGCUCAGAAUAUCUCGAGGCUCAGUUCUUCUUCUGAUCUACUACGCCAGCCACCACGAUGAAAUCCGUCAUCAUCGCUCUCGCCCUCCUUGGAGCAGCCGCUGCUUUGCCCGGCCUCCGCCAAAGGAGGGACUCUUUGCCCUUCCUCUUCGAACUGCCCUCCAACGCCUCUCUCAUCUUGGGUGGGAUUCAGACGGGUUUUGAAUGCAGUGACCUUCCCUACGGGUACUACGCCGACCAAGCCAACAGCUGCGCCAUCUACCACGUCUGCCUGCCUUACAUCGACAACGAUGUCUACGUCUCCCGCCAUUUCUCCUUCCUCUGCGGGGAGGGGACCAUCUUCGACCAGGAAAGGCUGGUCUGCGACUUCCCAGAGAGGGCCAUUCCCUGUGAUCAAGCCGCCUCCUUCAGGAGGUCUAAUGAGUACUUCGGGCGUGAUGUACCCAAGUUCCUGGAAAAGUAGAUCUGCAAAUUCGGUACUAAAAAAAAGUAGGAAAUUUAAGGUUCCUAAUUUUAUGUCUGGGUUUCCAUAGGGCAUGUGAGUUCCUUUAGGUAAGCUGUCAUUAGAAGAAGAUCUAAUGAGUAUUUUAGCCACGGUGUAACCAGGUUCUUGCUUAAAUUGCUUAGAGUAUUUCUUUAAAAAAAUGGUGAGUAUAUUAUUACUAAUAAUUCACAGAUGGUUAUUUCGGGAUUUAGGUUGUUAGAUAUAUGAAACUUCUUCAUAUACAUAUGACCAGAAGCAUUUGCGAAACAACUUCUGUAGGUAUAAGAAGCUGAUAUUUAUUUUGCUAGAGAUACUGAGUCUGACGAAAUAAACAUAACUUAAUCAUUCGUUCAUAUUUUGUAUCAAAAAGUGGUUAGGAAAAGUACUUACAAGCUGAUGCAAACAUGAAUGAAUUAAUAAAACCUGUACGUUCAAAAUGCUCUCUUCGGUGGAAAGCACCGCACCUUCAAUAAAAUGUAAUUUUUCAAAUA